UUGGAGAGCGGGAAGGGGGGGACCAUGGACGUCGUCAGUGUCCAGCAGUUGGUAAGUGGAGAAAGAGAGAAAAGGAAGGUGUUGGGACAUGGACAUGAAGUUCCUGAUCCUGGAGUGUGGCCGGGCAACUGGAGGCUGGGACCCCGUGAGGUCGUGGCCCAGGAGAGGCAGAAACUGGGAGAAGAGAAGAGGAGGAGACUGGAGAGAUUUACGAGUUCCAGACUUAAACUGGAGAAUCUGGCUGACUUGGAAAACUUGGUUCAAAGACGAAGAGAAAAUCGACUGAAACGUAGAGUCCCCCCCAGGGCACCUGAGUCUGUGGUUAAGCCCCAGCCCCAGCCCCAGCUGGAGCCCGUGGACUUGGAGAUGUUCCUGAAGGCAGCUGCUGAGAACCAGGAAGCCCUGAUUGACAAGUACCUGACAGAUGGAGGGGACCCUGAUGCCCAUGACAAGCUCCACCGCACAGCCCUGCACUGGGCUUGCCUGAAGGGUCACAGCCAGCUGGUGAACAAGCUGUUGGAGGCAGGGGCCACUGUGGACACUCGCGACUUGCUGGACAGGACGCCUGUGUUCUGGGCCUGCCGCGGAGGACACCUGGACAUCCUCAAACAGCUGCUUAACCACGGAGCCCAGGUCAAUGCCCGGGACAAGAUCUGGAGCACCCCCCUGCACGUGACUGUGCGCACAGGGCACUGUGAGUGCCUGGAGCACCUCAUCGCAUGUGGAGCCCACAUUGACGCACAGGACAAGGAAGGGGACACAGCUCUACACGAGGCCGUGCGGCACGGCCACUACAGAGCCAUGAAGGUACUGCUGCUCUAUGGAGCCCAGCUGGGCAUGCAGAACCAGGCUUCAGUGACCCCAGUGCAGCUGGCCCGAGACUGGCAACGAGGCAUCCGCGAGGCUCUGCAGGCCCACGUCGGGCAUCUCCGCACACGAUGCUGAUGACAGCAGACCCGCAGGGCCCCUCACAGCCACCAUUCCAUCCCUUUCUCCUCCUAUCCUCACACCUGUCUGUGGUUUUGACUUCAGUCCUGAUUCCUCAGGCCUCCAGGGCAGGUGGAUGAAACAGCCUCUCUGGCUUCGAGUCUCAGGGAUGAGCUGCUCCCUGCCGGGGCACAAGCUAGGAAGAACUGGAGUAGAACCCUGGGUGAGCAGGAAGAAAGCAAGGUGGGUCCAGACAAGGGACAGCAGAGAGGAUGAAGCAAAAGCCAAGGUGUCCUACACCUCAGGGUCCCCAGGGUUGGUACUAGUCUUCCCCAGUGUCCAAUGAGCCUCCACCUAGGGGACUGCUUAUGCCCCAACCUCCACCAGGGUGUUUCCUGCCAGGUGGUGACUCAGCAUGGCUAGCAGCUGCCCUCCAGGCCAGAGAUGGCAGGCAUUUCUGCAAUUGGCCAGUGCCAUUGGGCAGAGGUUUCUCAGCAACUCCACUGCUGUCACCAGAAACCCUGAUGGUGUUGGGAAUGGCUCUAGACCCAUUUGCUCUUAGGGACUCUGGUGUUGGGUCUGGAGGGGUUGCCCAGCAGGUCUGGGGCCUCACAGUAUAAGUCCAGUACCAACCUGGUUUCCACAGAAACCCUAAGACUGAGAACUGGAGCCAUACUUUAUAGAGAAUCCCCUGCCCACUGUCUGAAGGCUUCGGUCAGGCCUGCCCACCGUUCUCUACUUGGCCAGCCAGGAGCUGCUCUGGUAAAGUGAAGUGACUGGGGUGCUGGGGUUGCCUGCGGCCCACUCAGUUUUUGGGGCAGUGGCCCGUAACCCUACUUUACCCCAGGUACUAACUCCACCCUGGUACUGGUGCUUGAGCUCCUGCCUGUACCCUGGGGCUGUUGUCUUCUGCAGCUGCCGAGGCAGGACACAGAGGGGCUGAGCUCCACUGUGAAGGGGGGCAGAGGAGCUCACCUGCUCCUGCCCUCCCACUGCUAACUGGAAGGCACAUUUAUGACCCCACAUGGAACAUGUUCUCCUAGAGGCUCCUCCUCUUUCACUGUCCUUCAUACUUCAAGUUGUGCUGGUGCAGACGUGCUCCUGGCAGGGCUGGGUCCUUAAAUGCCAGAGAAUGAACCUUAUAGAACUCAGACCUAACUGAGAGCUAUAGGCCGAGGGACAGGCUGCAGAAUGAAGAUUUAGCCUACCUCACAUACGUAAGCACCAGGACAGACAUCCGUUCGACGGCAGUAAUUUUUUGCCUAACGUCGGGGGCCUUCUCAGGCCAAGAAUAAGCCUAUUCUUACUGUGUGAAAAAGCUGACGACAGCCCCACAUCUUCCCUUCCCACGGGCAGCUGCUGCCCUGUGUGGACGGAGCCACCAUGCACCCAGAUGCUGAGGUCAUGGGAGAAAUGGGUACUCUGGCCCAUGGAGAAGACAACUCCCCACCUAGAAAAUGGGGAUACUUAAGUGACAGACAAAAAUACCUUUUUAUACGCAUCAGUACUUUGUGUUCAUUAAAACUGGUUGGUUAUCGCUCACCCUACUUGCGUGUUCCGGGUUAGAAGGGACCAGGCCAUUAGGCCCACAGCCUUGUCUUCCUCAGCAGCCAAGCGCAAGCCAGUUAACCAUACUGCCCGACAGCAAGAGAGUCCCCUAGUGCAGAGGGGGCAGCCAGGGUACUUGACCCUCGCGCUCAAGGCAUCUUUGCUCGCUGAUAGAUUCAAAGAGCAGUGGUUCUCAGCCUUCGCUGCUUAUUAGAGUCACAAGGGAAAUUUUUGAAGUCCUAAUAUCCAGACAACUGGAUCCAAGUUCCUGGGUUGGAACCCAGGUGUCGGUAUGGUCAUACAGGUGACAUCUGUCUAUGUAGGAAUCCUAAGGUAUCUACAAAAAACCACCUGGAAUAUGAGAGUUUAGCAAGAUCUCAGGGUAAAAAAUAAACACACAAAAACCUGUUUCUACAUUAUUAGCAAUGACCAGGUGAACACCGCAAUUAAGAACAGUACCAUUUACAAUUGCUUCUGAAACGAAAAUGUUUAGGCAUAAAUCUAACAAAACAUGUAAGGACUUGUAUGUUGAAAACUACAAAACACUGGUGAAUUAAAUCAAACAAGAUUUAAAUAAAUGGAGACUUACCAAAUUCAUGGUUUGGAAGAUGCAACAUAGCAAAGAUAUCAAUUCUCCCCCAAACUGAUACACAGUUCCUGCCAAAAUUCCAGUUAAGAUUUUUUGUAGAGCUAGAUAAGAUUAUUGUUAAACUUAUAGCUUAAUUUUGAGAAAGAAUAAAGUGGGAAGAAUGAGUCUACUGGAUUUCAAAACUCACUACAGGCAUCUUGGAGAUAUCGUAGGUUCAGUUGCAAACCACUACAAUAAAGUGAGUUGUAAUCUUUUUGCUGGUGGAGGGCCUUGCCUGCCAUUUGCAAGCCAUGCUACACCUGUGGAAUGAAGAAAGGGGAGUGCAAUAAAAUGGAGUGUGUCUGUGUACAGCUACAGUAAUUGCGACAGUGUGGAACUGAUGGAGGGAAACACCAAGAGAACAGAAAGUACAAUUCAGAAAUGGACACAAAUAUACCCAAAUGACUUUUCGACAAAGAUACAAAAGUUAAUUCAAUGGAAAAAAGAUAAAGGUGCUGGAGCAGCUUGAGACCUACAGGCUAAAAAAAGGAGUGAUACCCACACCAUACAGUUGCAAGUCAGACAACUAUAAUUCAACACACAAACACAUGUGAGACCUGCACAUCAAGCCCUCCAAAGGUAGCAUUGCAGCAAGCAGAGGCAGGACGGGGAAGGAGAGAUGGGGCUGCAGUUGCAGUCUGGUGCCCACCAUGGCCCCAGCUGACGCAAUGGAAGGAAGUUGUCAGGCUGCACCUCUCACACAACAGCAGGCGACAGAAGCCACAUUCCAGCUUGAGGGGAUAGCACUAUUGCAGCUAAACCUGCAAUAUUCCUGUCUCAGUAGCAGGCUCCAACUGCACCUAAACUGGGCUGCAACACAGCACAGUGGUGUUGUGGCAGCAUCAGAUUGGUGGCCACCAUUACUAGCAAGAAGGCAAAUCUGAAGACUUGUGGACCCAACACCCCCAACCUACCCAUCCUGGUAGAACCUGGUAUGGAGACAUCUAAAAUAACCCAGCAUGGUUGGCAGCCUCCAAUUACAAAAAGGUGGGACUAGAAACUCACAGGCCCGGAAUCCCACUGUCUGCCACAUCCCACCACAGGGAUGGUACUCUGAGAAUGAGAUGGCCCGGACACCAACCUCCUUGGGAAAUACAGGGCAUUUUCUACAACUGAGGCAACACUGCCCCAGGAAAUCCCAGAGGUACCAGCAGACCUGGUAAAAUGAAACAAAACUUGCACUAUAGCACCAUCUGCUGGUAUAGAAAAGAAAGACCUUGUAUAUUUCAAUCUGAGGAAUGAGCAAAACAGUUACCGAAAAAAGAAGAGUUCACUACAUCAGGUGCCCAGGCAGAGAAACAAUCUAUCAAGCACCAUGAAUAACCAAGGUAACAAGGAAGCUCAGAAAGAAAGUCUCCAGAAACCAAACUCCAAGACACAGAAGACUGAUUUAAGAGAAUUCAAGACUGUAGUUAUGGAAAAAACUCAGUAAGGCAGUUCGAUGAGCUAAGGAAUAGAAUUAAUAAACAAAAGAAGAACCUUACCAGACAGAUUCUGGAACUGAAGAACUCAAAUGAGUGGAAGAAU